AUGCUUUCAGAAGUGUAUUGUGGAAGAUUUAGCAGUAAAGUUAUAAAAGGAAAUUUCACUAAAAGGUUAAUUAUACCAAAUUACUACAAAUCAACUGAACCAAUAAUUGAUAAACAGAAUGCAGAAAGUAAUAUCUUUGUUAUCAGCUUGGCCACAGCAGAUAUGAUGGUUGCCCUCUACCCUUAUCCAUUAAUUACACAUGCCAUCUUACAGAAGGCAUGGACCCUGGGUUAUGCUCAGUGCAAAGUGACAGCAGUAAUAAAUGGCCUUAGCCUGAUCGGAUCUGUCUAUAACAUCUUGUCGAUAGCAGUUAACAGAUACUUCUGCAUCUGCCACAGCACUAAAUAUGAUAAAAUCUACAGCAUGAAGAACACGUACGGCUAUGUUUUCCUGACAUGGAUAGUAAUCUUUACUUUACUGUUGCCAAUAGCCACAACUGAUGCCUUGCAAUAUGACCCAAGGACAUACUCUUGUGUAUUCAAUAUCACUGCAAACCUUUCCUUAACACUUAUUAUGGCCGCCUUCCAGUUUAUAAUACCUAUAACUAUUGUGCUCUUCUGUUACCUGAGGAUCUGGAUUUUGGUCAUUCAGGUCAAGUCCCGAGUCAGACAGGACAGCAGACAAAAGUUGAAACCUAAUGAAGUGAGAAAUUUCUUGACCAUGUUUGCAGUUUUUGUUAUUUUUGCAGUCUGUUGGGGUCCAUUUGCUUCUAUAAGUUUAGUGGUUGGCUUUAGCCCCACUGGAAAGGCUCCUACUAUUCCUGACUGGCUAGUUGUACUGAGUUGCUUCAUGGCAUAUGUUAACAACUGCCUGAAUGGGAUUGUUUAUGGAGUGCUGAACCAUAAUUUUCAAAGUGAAUACAAGAAAAUUGCCUUGUCCCUAUGCACCUUUCUGUCAAAGCUGCUACAGAAAGUGUUUUAG